AUGUCCGACAAUGAGAAUGGAGAGAAUUUGAAUGAUGAGUUUGACAAGUGUACACUAGAAGAUAAGAAGGAUAUCAAAAAAGAACCUUGUCAGGAUGCAACGCCAAAUGGUUUUGUCGCUGAUUUCCGUCUAAUGCCUCAUCAGGAAGCUGCGCGCGAUUGGAUGAUUGAUAGAGAGGCACAGGAGCCAUCUGGAGGAAUUUUGGGACUUGCUCACGGACAAGGAAAAACUGCAAUUGUCAUUGCGCUCAUUCUGGACCAAAAGAUCAAAUGCGCUUCGAACGACAAAAAAUUCGAACAGAAAUCUCCAACUUUGAUCAUUGUUCCAAAGCGUAUAAUUUACCAAUGGUACGACGAGUUUAAGGAUCGAUUAGAAGAAAACGCGCUGUCUGUUUACUUGUACUAUGAUGAUGAAUUUAGUGAAGCUAGAAAGAAUAUUUCAGCAAGCGAACUUCAAAAAUAUGAUGUCGUACUUACUACGUACAGAAAUGUUCCGGUAAAGGAAAAAGAUGAAACCGGUGAAAAAGUGAGCAAGCAAGUUUUGCAAAAUAUCAAAUGGACGAGGAUCGUACUAGACGAGGCGCACAACAUUCGGGACUCAAAUACCAAAAAAUCCACGGCUAUUGCGACACUUGCCUCAAAAAAUCGUUGGUGCGUUACCGCCGCACCAUUCCAAAACUCAGAAUGGGAUAUUUGCAAUCUUAUUUUGUUUUUGGGUAACAAGCCGUUUGGAGAAAAUGUGAAAGGUCCUGAAAAAACCCCGGAAAAUUUGAAAAAGCUUAAGGAAUCAACAAUGGAGCUUUUCCGCGGAAACAACUUGGUUUUUAAUUCAAUAAUUAACACCGGAGAAUUGUCUGCAAACGAAAAGAAGGCUUACGAUAUAAUAGAGGAUGCUCACAAAAGGUUUUGUAAAAAAGGACAAUCAUUAAAGUUGCUGGCUAUGUUACAGCAAGCUAGCAUUCAUUUUCAUAAUCUGGCACCAGAAGAACCUCUUAAAAAAGCUAUGGACAAAUUCAUGGAUGAAGAAGAAAAGUUCAAAGAAGAAGAAAAAUCAUUUAAUAUGGCAGAGAAAAAUUUUGAGACUGCUUGUUCCGAUGAUGAAAAACAAGCAUUCGAAAGUGCCAAGACGACUUUCGAGACUGCAAAGGAAAAAUUCACGAAAGCAACUGAAGAAUACACAUUUUCCAAGGAAACCUUGAAAAAUGUUGCAAAAUUGGCCAAAAAUGGCCAAUUUCCCAAAAUUGGCCAAUUUCCUGAAAUAUUCGAUAUUAAACAUCCAAAUGCCAGAAUAACAAAGACAAUUAAUAUUAUACAGGAAGUUUUAAUGAAGAAAGAGAAAGUGUAAGCAUUAGCAUUUGUUGAUACGAUGACAAUUCAUCUAAUAGUUUCAAAUUUUAAAAUUGUCGUUUGUGAGUGGAAACCUGUGUUUGAUGUGAUCGAAUUUCAAAUUUCAAAAUUACAAAAUAUCGGUUGCCGUAGAAUUGUGAAAACGACCAGUGCAAAAGAUUGUCGAGAAAUAGCGAAGAAGCUGAACGACAAAAAUGACAGAACAGUCAGCGUAGUUUUCUUGUCAGAGAGAGCAGGGGCAAUCAAUUUGCAUGGUGCGACACAUGUCAUUUUGCUAGGCAUGCACUGGAAUCUGGCUCUUGAACAAGAGGCAUGUAGCUGCGUAUGUAACAUUGCACAGAAGAAUAUUGUCACUAUUCACAGAAUAAAGGUUGCUGGCACCAAUGAGGAUGACGUCGAAAAAGCUCAAGACGACAAAAGCGAUAGAUCUGUCGGAGCAGAAACACCAAUUAGAGAGUCAACGCCAAUUUCUCUCAAGAAAUAA